UGGUUGCUUGGCAAAACAAAAACCUCGUCAACCAAUCAGAAGCGUCUCUGGGCGCAUUGGUACAAUCAAACGCAACGAUUUCACUUCGAUGUAACCUGCUGAUUAUGGACGUUGGACUUUUGGGUAAAAAGCGACGCUUAACAGGCAGAGGGACUGUGUUGUUGCACGGCUGUGCAUCUGUGUCAACGGGUCGUGCUUCGGCUUUAUAAAAGAGGCGUGUCUUCAGUGAACAGAGAGCUUCAUAUAUUGAUCUGAACUUUGUGUGAAGAUGGAUAACAUGGAGGAAUCAAAGAGUUGUUCCGUCAGUGUCUUGACCUGGGACCAGGUGAGCCGGCUGAAUGAAGUGCUGACAGAGGUUGUGCCUGUUCAUGGACGGGGGAACUUCCCCACCUUGGAGGUGCGGCUGAAAGACAUUGUAGCCAGGGUGCGCUCCCGCCUGGAGCUGAGUGGCAUCAGAGUGAAGGACGUGCGGCUCAACGGCUCCACAGCCAGCCAUGUGCUGGUGCAGGAUAUUGGCUGGAGCUACAAGGACCUGGACGUCAUCUUCAGGGUGGACCUACCGCACGAGUCAGAGUACAGGCUCAUUAAGGAUGUGGUGUUGGGCACUCUGCUGGACUUUCUGCCUGAGGGUGUGAACAAAGAGAAAAUUACACCCAUGACUCUUAAAGAGGCAUACGUCCAGAAGCUGGUGAAGGUCAACACAGAGCAGGACCGCUGGAGCCUUAUCUCCCUCUCCAACAACAACGGGCGCAAUGUGGAGCUCAAGUUUGUGGACUCAAUACGCCGGCAGUUUGAGUUCAGUGUGGACUCCUUUCAGAUCGUUCUGGACUCGAUGCUCUCCUACUACGAGCUGGCACAGACGCCCAUGUCGCAGGCCUUUCACCCGACUGUGAGUGGCGAGAGCGUGUAUGGGGACUUCAACAUGGCACUGAGCCACCUGCGGAACAAGCUCAUUGCCACCAAGCGGCCUGAGGAGAUCCGAGGCGGUGGCCUGCUCAAGUACUGCAACCUGCUGGUGCGGGACUUCCGGCCGGCCAGCGAGGAGGAGUUCAAGGCCCUGGAGCGCUACAUGUGCUCCCGCUUUUUCAUUGACUUCCCUGACAUCGGUGAGCAGCAGCGCAAGGUGGAGGCCUACCUCCAGAGCCACUUUAUAGGCGAGGAGAAGAGCAAGUACGACUACCUCAUGAUCCUGCGGCGAGUGGUCAACGAGAGCACGGUGUGCCUCAUGGGCCAUGAGCGGCGGCAGACCCUCCACCUCAUCUCGCUGAUGGCCUUCAGAGUGCUGGCGGAGCAGAAUGCCAUCCCCGAUGCAUCCUGCGUCACCUGCUACUACCAGCCAGCGCCCUAUGUUCGAGACCACAACUUCAGCAACUAUUAUGUGGCUAACCAGAACAUUCCAACAUGGCUGCCAUGUAACUGACAAAAAAAAUCAACUGGAAGGAUGGAGAAGACGGCACCACUGCUGCUGCUUUUGAGAAGAGAGACAGAAUUAAAGAAAAAUACUCCCCAAAAAAUUACUGAGGCAAUAAAUGCAAUGUUCCUCUCAAGGCACAAUUAUAUUUAAGUGGACAAGUGUUUUGCUUUGUUUUUUGGAAUCCUUUCUCAUUCCUUAUCUACAGAGUUGUCAAGGUCAUUGAAUAGAAAGUGAUAUUUUUAAGUGUUUAGAUUUUUUUUCUCAUCAUAUUUGGUUGUUUUUCCUGUUUAUCAGAGUUGUGUUUUGUGCCUUAACCUCCAGGUUUACCCCCAUAUAAUUAGGUAUGGGCUAUUUCUUUGAAGAAAAGGGAAGAAAAAAACGUUGUGGCCUUAAAUUUGGUUUCCUCUUGUGAUCAGAAAAAUAAAAUGUAAAAAAAAAAGGCAGAAAAAUGUAAAAUAUUGAAAAAUUGUAUUAACGGGGUAAAAAUAAUGCGUGACGUCAAAAAAAAGGCAGAUCACCAGUAUUAAGAAGUUAAGUUCACUGGGACGGGAAAAAGGUGGUACACUAAUAACUUAACAUCAGAAAUGAAUGAGAGUCAAUUUGAUUUAAUUCAAUUUGACAUGUAAAUGCCUCUGACAGACAUUUGUGGUCUCCUUAAUAUGCCAGCAAUGUCUGUGAUUUGUAAUCAAUGCAAGAGAAAAAUGUGUGUAAUUUUAUUUUCCACUGUGAAUCUCAGUGUGGGACGAGUACCCCUCCUCCCCCCUUUAUCCAGUUUACUCAGCCCUGUACUUUUCAGUCGAGACCGGCUCUUAGCGGAAACCUGCAGUGAGAUGGUUUAGGCCUGGGAUAGACGGGCUCCUGUGUGUCUGAGGAGUUUAUGUUCCCUCUGUGUUUUUUAAAGUCCCUUCCAAAGCCUCACCAGUGACCUCCAGAUGUCACAAUCCUCUGGCUAUUGUGGGAAGCUGACAGGCAGAGAGUCGAGAGCAUGUGGCUGGCCUCACUCCCUGCAGCGAGAGCUGGCUGGGAGUCCUGGAGUGACAGGCUGACUGGCUGUGCCUUCCCUUAAAAGGAGCAGCACAUGGUGGGCCCCGUAGGGUCAUCCCUCACAACCAUUGCAGGCUCGACAGGACCCCUGAAACGGGAUCCUCCUCUGACGCAGCUCAGCGACUGGCUUCUCAAAACCGUCUAUAAUUAUCCUUUUUCUUUUUUCCUGGAGGAGGUAUCUUCACAGCAAGGGGAUGGGUGUGUGGAGCAGAAGCAGUAGCCACCUUACAUGUGUGGGGAAGCUGAGUCACUUCCUGUCCUCUUCCUAUCCGGUGCUCGCUGGAACCACGCAGUGUUUGAACCCCUUUUGUGGUCAUGGGAGCGCAGACACCAGGGAGUGCAACUGGUAUGUUAAGAGAAACGCCAGCAUGUCUGCCAGCAGCAUGCCACUCCCCUUUUUCAGACUUGGAGUUUGAUGUAUCCUCGAAGCUCGUCUGACUUGAGCCCCCCCCUCCCCUGCAAUGUGACAGAGUUGCCCCACAAACCUAUGAAUUGCUAUUUCCAGCCAACCCUAUUAUUAGCUGUUAAUUUUGAACUCUGGCAGUGUGGCAUUACGAGCACAUGGCCCAAGCUGUGACAUCUCUCUGUAGCAUCCAGGUUUGAGGAGAAAAGUUUCUCUAAACUUAUGUAAGGGAUAGUUCCUCAGAAGCCCUCUCACUGCAUCUCGUUUAUACCAGAUAACCAGGAACAUGUCUUAUCUGACUUGCCCACAACUCCUGACUGGUUAGAAAAAUGAUUAAAAGGGCAAUUAUCUUGGCCUCUUCUGCAGGUCACACCCCCGGGCUAGCUCUGAGGUGCCACACACUGUCUCUCACUCUGGACCAAAAGUUACAACCAGCAACUCAAGCACUCAAGUGCCUUUUUUUGAUGUUAUUUGAAAAGUGCUUUAGCUUUUUUUAAAGGGUUUUUUAAAUGUUUGUCAGGAGGGAAAGCAUUUUUUCAGCCCCUUUAAUCCAUGCGAAACUUGACUUUACAAGACUGUCAUCGUAGUUUAUGGUAAAAAAAUCAUACAUUUCUAGUUGGAAAGCAAAAUAAUCUUGGUUUGAAUGAAAGAGUUAUUUUAUUUUUAUUUUACCACUUUCCCCCCCUUAUUUUUUUUGGUUUCAGUCUACUUUUCCUUAACAUCCAUCUGUCUAAUCAUUCCUGUCCCAGUCUUCUCAUCCAUUUUGACUUUAACUAGUUUAGGUCUUGUCACUGGCAGCCAUAUUGUCACUGGCAGCCAUAUUGACCUUGUGUUUUUGAAAUUCCAACUUUUCAUUCUGAUUUGUAUGUUUAAACCCUGCUACAAAGCAGCCUCGCUAAAUUAGUUUUGCCGACAGUUUUGUCCCCAUUUGAACCAAAGCAAUACCUGAAGUGCACUGACGAGCCACACUUUGGCACAGUAGCUGGAGGUCACCCAGCAGAGACCCCAUACUAACAGAAGCACUUUACGGAGGCCUUGUUUUACUCCAAAACCAAGCCACCUGAGAGGAAUGUAAAUAAGCUAAUGUGGUCAAUUGCUGGUGGGAGUUGAGCUGGUUCUCAGGGACAUAAUGUGUUUUUGAGGGCUUUGUUUUGUCCCCUUUUUUUUCCUUUUUUUUUUUUUUUUUUUUUUUUUUUUUACUUAGGAGGGUAAAUUGGUUUAAUCUGCCCUCAACAUUGUGACGUCCCCUCCUAAAAACUCACCUUUUAUUUUGUCUUUUCUUCUCUCUGUGUUCAUUGUAACUCUGGUAAUGUGUAACCCAAACUACCGGAUCUUAUUAGAGUCGAUCAUGCCUGAAGGUGGAGGUAGCCUGCAGACUUCAGCCUCACAGCAGCACUGGGUUUUAUCUCUGUGUGCAUUUUCUCUGAAACUUUGUCAUCACUCAGUGGGGAGAGUAGUGCUAACAGCUGGAUUUAUUGCCACACUCUUAACCCUAAUAUAACUUGUUUGAAAGCCAGGGGGACAAACCAUUGAUUUUCAGUGCUAAAAAAGCUUUCAGGGAAUAGCAGCGCGGAAUUCAAACCAUUCCCCAGUUUGUUUAUCCCCUCUGAGUGAUGAUAAACUAGUUUAUUAAAGCUAGGAGCCACAUUCAAAACCAGCAGCCCGGUAAUACUGCUGCUGAAGUUGAAACUGCAGAGCGUGGCAAGGGCUUAUUGAGCUUUUUGUUGACAUCGCUCACUAAAAGCAGUUUUAAAGCGAUGGCAAAGAAAAUGCAACAAACAACAAGCAUUUUCUAGUUGGUGAACGCAGCCUGGAAUGUUAAUCCUCUGCGUUUUUGUGUCCCCACACUCCCUUCAUGUGUUUACGGUAUUGUGACUUUUUUCUGACGACUGAAAACGUGUGCCUGUUAAUGAAAGCUUUACCUUGGCCCCACAAGAUGAGAGUGGGGGUGCAGCAUGCUAAAUCACUUCUUUCGUCAGGGUUGAUGUAUGUAUGUCGAUGUGUGGGGGGGAUGAAGUGUGUGUUUGCCUUAUUUUCUCGCCCCCACUUUUUUCUGCUGUAAACUACCUAUUGAUCCUGUUGCUUCUCUCACUCCCUUUGCCUUUGGUCGUCCCACUUGUUUGGGCUUUUGUUUCUUAGUACAGCGUGUUUUUUUUUUAAAUUUAUGACACCUGUAGAUGUAUUCUUUGCUGGAGGGGGUGCAGAGCAAUCUGUGGAUUAGCUGUGUAGUGGUUUCACUUGUCUCGAGUACAAGUCUUAACUUCGGAGUGUGACGGAGGCUCUCCGACACUUUCUAUACGAAGAAUGUUUUUCUUGCAGCAGAUUUGUGUUUACGUUAAUGUGUGGAGGUGUGUGUGCUUGUUUGCAUGUGUAUAUGAAGGGAUGCCUGUUGCUAUACAAGUUUAAAAAGUGGGGAAAAAUAUGAAGAAUUUGUCGCACUAUAUAUAUUUUUUUGAAAUAGUUAAUGCAAAAGAGCUUUUUUGUCAGCUUUGUGAUUGUGACGAUGAGUUUGAUGGUUACAACCAUUAUACUAUUUCAUUUUUCAGGACUUUUACCUCACUUGAGUUUUUCCUUUUGAAUGGAAAUGUACAUGUACAUCAGGAAAAUGUGUUUGAAGAGGAAAUAAUGAAUAAAGAGUAUUAAAUGCAA